AUGAUUCUGGACGAACUAAAGAAGCAAGACGGCAGACCCCGACUAGCACGCUGGGCCAGUGUCUCCCAAGAAUUGAAAGCAGUGUUCGAACCGCAUAUAUUCAAAACAUUGACAGUCCAAUUCCCUGGUUCUGAUAUUGAGACUUUGGAUCAAUUCGUUGACGGAUACCGAAGAGACUUCGUCAAGAGAAUCUCACUUCAUGUGAAAACAGCAGAAGACGAUGUCAAGGAAGAGUACGACAAAGUGGAAACAUACAAAACGAAAAGAGAAAACAACAAGACAUUCGCACAGGCUUUACAGCAUUUAUUCUCUGUUCUUUCUACAUGGAGCUGCAGUACCUUUGCCAAAGGCAUUGCAUUAGAAUUGAGUGCCAGCUCGCCUAGCGAUGUUGACCACCCCUACCAACAUCGCCACAACCAAAGCCAACAUGAUCUAUCACGGAUAUACUCGCUAAACUCCAGGAGAGGAGACGCCUGA